AUGUACGCUGUAGACAUCACGGGAACUACUGGCUGCGUCACCGUAGUGCGCCAAGAAAGGCAGACGGCGCAGCUGACCAAUCAGCUGGUGCGGAUUCACCGCCACUUGGCCGGCGUGUGCGUGGCGGCUAACAUGGCAGUGCUGAAAUUCUCGCUCCCUCCAAGACACUCGGACCUGGACGACAGCUGCAUCGACGAGGAGCAAAUCAACUACGCGCAGGUGUGCACGUGGGAAGGAAACGUCGAGUACGACACUGUAUCGUCCGCCGUGCUUUCGAGGAAGCACGACAACGUUCUGACGUACGAGAACGAGUACAGCCUCGAGACAAAGGCCCGGUCCUAUCUGUCCUACUCGCCGCUAGGCUGCGUUGCGGCGUUCAACGUGGACUACGAGGACCCGCGGGGCACGUGCCGGCAGGCCUUCUCGCGCCUGGCAGCGCUUGACAACGUGCUCGGCAUACUGGUUUGCAUCCCUUCGUCAACGCAGCGCGCCACUGUCGACUUCCCGUUCUCCCAGUGCGACAUCUUCGUGGACGGCGAAGUGGAGUACCUCUACAACAACGUCAUCAAAACCAGUAGCUACAAAGCAAACCUGCAAGGCCGGCUGCUAGACGCAAAACUCAACCGGACAUGUUUUGUGGUAUCGCUCGAUGCUAGCAAAGUGCUGAAUGAUCUUCCGGACAGCGCAGUAGCACGGGAGAAAAUAAUCUCCUUCAUCGCCAACUGGCUUUUCACUGAAGGCCUUUGCGGACUGGCGGUGAAAGAAACGGCCACCACGCAGCCCGUCAAAGCCCUCGCAAAGUUUCUUCAGGAACUCUCCAACGAGUUUAGCGAACGAGACCCGAAACCAGUUCUCAUUUUGCUCAUCUCUUCAUUUGAACCGGAAAGCAGGCUCAAAGAGCUUUCAAUGUAUCCUGACCUUCUGGCGCUUACGAACGAAGUGCCGAAUGAAUCUAAAGACUGCAAGCUUCACGGCACCAUGACCGCGACAACAGAUGAGGCACUGAAGCUUUCAAUGAGUCGCCUGUUGGAGCUCUCCGACAGCCUAGGCUCGAGGGGUGGCGUGUGCUUCUCGACUACACUGGCCGUCUACAGGUACAGGCUGCACCUCGGACUGCACGGGGCCGGAGAAAGCUGUCGUCGAAUGAUCGAGACCACGUUCGGCGAGGCAUGUCCUCCGGAAGAAUCUGAUCGUUUGGUCGAGGUGUCCUCAAUGACUUCCUACACAUACAACAAGUCCCACAUGCUCGCGUUUGAAGACCAACGGAGCCUCCGAAUAAAGAUGGAGACGUUCCUGAGCCGCUAUCAGCGUGGCUGCGUGGCGGUGUUCGGCGCUGACAUGGACACUGCGGCGAGCAACUGCACCGGCACCAAGCCAUUCGAGCGCCUCAAAACCCUCCGCGCUCUCUUGGGAAGAACAGAAGGCCCUCUUCUACGGAGCCGCAGCUGA